CUUCCGGCGCCGGGCUGCCCUCGCCGCCUCCUCCUUGCCGGGGAUGCUGCGCCUCCGCUGUGGGCUGAGGCAGUUCCCAGCAGGAGCUGGUACUCGAGCUGCCGCCAGCCUACACUUGGGCGCCGAGAUGCCCAAGAAAGCUGGCGCGACAAACAAGGGUAAAAGCCAGAGCAAGGAACAAGAGAGACCGCUUCCUCCCUUAGGUCCUGUGACAGUUGAUCCUAAAGGUUGUGUCACCAUAGCCAUCCAUGCCAAACCUGGUUCAAAGCAGAAUGCUGUGACAGAUCUGACCACUGAGGCUGUAAGUGUAGCUAUUGCAGCGCCUCCAUCCGAAGGAGAGGCGAACGCUGAGCUCUGUCGGUAUCUUUCCAAGGUCUUUGAACUCAGGAAGAGCGAUGUGGUUUUGGAUAAGGGUGGUAAAUCUCGUGAAAAAGUGGUGAAGCUUUUGGCCUCCACAACUCCGGAAGAGAUCUUGGAGAAAUUGAAAAAGCAAGUUGAAAAAAAAUAAAAGCAAGAAGUGAAAAAUA